GUCGUCUCCGGAGAUCAGUACUGUGGUGCUCAGUCAUCAGUCAAGUGAAAAAAUAAAUCAUGUCGGCAGAAGUGUCCCGACCCUCUUCGGGGCUGUUGGACAGCAACAUGCUGUACUUCUUCCUGUCAGCUGCUGUCUUUUUGGUGGUUUAUCAUUAUGGGCGUAAAUAUGCACGGAUGAUUCAGUUGUCUGCCAAAAUUCCCGGACCGGAUAUUGUCACCAUGUUGAAAAUGAGUCUGGGCACGUUCUAUGCUGAACCACAUGAUGUCUUCAAGAAUACCUAUGGCAUGCUAUCAAACUUCAAAGAUAUUGCCAAGGUGUGGGUAGGACCUAAACUGAUGAUCUUCUUGAGACACCCAGCAGAUAUUGAGUUGAUUCUAAGCAGUAAUGUUCAUAUUGAUAAGAGCAGUGAUUACGCCUUCUUCCGACCAUGGUUUGGUAAUGGUCUCUUGAUUAGUACCGGUCCAAAAUGGAAGCAUCAUAGGAAAAUGAUUGCUCCUACAUUCCAUCAAAGCAUUUUGAAGAACUUUGUUGCUACUUUCUAUAACAACAGCAUCAAAGUGACGAACAAAAUGAAGAAACACAAUGGGAAGACUUUUGAUGCUCAUGACUACAUGAGUGGCACCACUGUUGAUAUUUUAUUGGAGACUGCUAUGGGCUACAAUGUACCAAGAAGUGAAGAAACAGGUCAUAACUAUGCUAUGGCCGUUGUAAAGCUUUCGGAUAUUAUCCAUAGACGUCAUUACAAAGUCUGGCUCCGACCUGAUAGUCUCUUCCACAAAACCAAGUACGCUUUGGAGCAUUCCCGAUUGCUUAGUAUUGUAACAGGUCUAACAAGCAAAGUUGUCCAAAACAAGAAGAAGGAUGUCCUUAAAAAGGUGGAACGUAUGGAGACCUUCACUGAUGUUACAAAUGACCCUCUUCCCAAUGGCGAUACUGUUUCCCACAGGAAUUAUGGAAUUAGAGAUGAUUUGGAUUACAACGAUGAAAAUGAUAUUGGUCAGAAGAAACGUCUUGCAUUCUUGGAUCAACUCACUGUGAAUGCUCAACGUGAUGAUGUCGACUUUACUGAAAAAGAAGUGAUGGAUCAGGUUAAUACUAUCAUGUUUGAAGGUCACGAUACCACCGCCGCUGGGUCCAGUUUUGCUCUUUGUAUGUUGGGUAUCCACAAGGAUAUCCAAGAGAAAUGUAUCCAAGAAAUUGAUGAUAUAUUCCAAAAAUCUGACAGGGAAUGCACUUUUGCUGAUACUUUAGAAAUGAAAUAUUUGGAAAGGGUUAUCAUGACACUGAGGAUGUACCCACCAGUGCCUGUGAUUGCUAGACAGUUAAAAGAAGAAGUUAAAUUGGCUUCAGGAGAUUACGCGUUACCAGUGGAUACCACAGUGGUUAUUGCUCAGACCUUAUUGCAUCGCAGACCUGAUACUUUCCCGAACCCUGAUGUUUUCAACCCGGAUAAUUUCUUACCAGAGAAGUGCCUGGAUAGACAUUACUACAGUUAUAUCCCAUUCAGUGCCGGACCACGAUCAUGCGUCGGGCGUAAAUUCGCCAUGUUGAAAUUAAAAGUUAUGCUGUCUACUAUUUUGAGGAACUGCAGAGUCCACUGUGAUAUUGCAGAGAAGGACUUUAAACUGCAAGCGGAUUUGAUUCUGAAGAUGACAGGAGGAUUUAAUAUUCGCGUUGAGGAACGUAAGGAUGUUCCAGUGCAACUUAUUAAAGCAUAAAAUGAAAAACUGAAGAAAUGAUAACAAAACCUGCAAUGAAAAUGAUUUGAAUUUUGAAUUAUGUAGAAUUUAGAUGAGUUUGCAAUAAUUUUUCUGAUGUUCAAGUAAAGCUAUAAUUAAAGGCAUAUUUGACAGAAUAA